AUGGCCCAAAUCAGCGAAUCCAUUGCUGAGCUCCCUGUGAACCCUGCUAAAGCUGAGCAUUCGGGUGAAGCCUCAACAGCUGCAGAGCCACACAAAAUGGCCGCCAACUCACCUCUGCUUCCUGACACUACUCCCACAGUCAGACCUAAAGAGCGAUUGUCCUCCAUUAAUAUUGCUGCCAAUAACCUGAAUCCACCUGAGGUCCAGAGAUAUGUGGUGGAGCACAUUGUUAAAAGUGAGGAUACACCCAUGCACACACGUUUAUCUCACAGACUCCGUGUCUUCUCUGGAAGAGUGCCACGUCCAUCACAUGAAGUCGACUACGACACUUGGCGCUCUGGAGCUGAUCUGAUUAUGAAAGACCCAGCUAUAUCUGACAUCCAGCGAUCACGCCUCAUUCUCGACAGCUUACUGCCCCCUGUUGCAGACAUCGUAAAACAUCUGAGUCCUGAUCAGUCUCCUAACAUCUACAUCAAGCAACUGGACUCAGCCUAUGCUGAAGUUGGCAUUGCUGGUCACAACUGUCAGUGUCUGUUAGACACUGGGUCACAAGUGACCACUGUACCUGCGUCGUUUUACAACCGCCAUCUUCACGAUGAACCCAUCCAUCCACUCAACGACCUGUUACACAUUGAAGGAGCUGCAGGCCAAUCUGUGCCCUACUUUGGCUAUGUGGACCUCACAAUGAAGUUCUCCAAAGACUUCCUGGGAAAAGACAUUCAAGUUUCCACUCUAGCACUCGUGGUUCCUGAUUCACGCCUUGAUUCCCCAUCUACUGUGCUGAUUGGAAUGAAUACACUCGAGCCCCUGUACGAGCAACAUCUGUGCAGUGAACUUCCAACCUUUCAGCCCAGCACUCAUGGUUAUAGAGCGGUGCUAAAGACAUUGCAGCUAACACACCAGCAGAGAGACACAGGUAAUGUAGGAGUGGUGAGACUCCUGAGCAAAGUCCCAGUGCGAGUACCGGCCGGCCGCACUAUUGUCAUUGAGGGCUCCGCCAGAAUGUCUUCUUCUUCACCCUGCCAGUCUAUCUUUUUACACCAUCCUGCUUCAGCCCUGCCUGGUGGGUUAUGCGUCAGCAGUUGUCUGAUCUCGCUGCCUGCUCAUGCCCCCUACAAGGUGCCAGUAAUCGUAACCAACGAGCUAGAACAAGACGCUUACAUUCCACCUUUAAGUGUGAUUGCAGAAUUGGAGGUCUACCAGUGCAUCCUUUCUCAGCAUCAAGUGACCAGCCUUCCAGCCGAGCAAGCAUCCGCCCUGAAUCUGGAUUUUGGGGAUUCCACGAUACCACCGGAAUGGAAGGAGAGAGUCACCAAGAAGCUUACUGCGAUGUCAGAGGUAUUUUCCCACCAUGACAUUGACUUUGGAUGUACCAACCAGGUUAAACAUCACAUCACUCUUCAUGACGAGACCCCGUUCAAACAACGUGCCCGGCCUAUCCAUCCACAAGAUAUCGAAGCUGUACGCAGACAUCUUCGUGAGCUUCUGGAGGCUGGUGUCAUCAGGGAGUCUACAUCUCCAUUCUCAUCCCCUAUUGUGGUCGUCAGGAAGAAGAAUGGUGACGUUCAGUUGUGUAUUGACUAUCGUAAACUCAAUCUCCAGACGAUAAAGGAUGCCUACCCUCUGCCAAAUUUGGAAGACUCCUUUACUGCCCUCACCGGUGCAAAAUGGUUCUCAGUACUCGACUUGAGGUCAGGCUACUAUCAGAUCGAGAUGAAUGAGUCUGAUAAGCAGACCGCUUUUGUCACUCCUUUAGGCUUCUGGGAGUUCAACAGGAUGCCUCAAGGGGUCACCAACGCGCCCAGCACAUUCCAGCGCUUGAUGGAAAGAUGUAUGGGUGACCUUCAUUUAAAGGAAGUGUUGGUGUUUCUUGACGAUCUGAUUAUUUUUUCAAACUCUCUGGAGGAACACGAGAGAAGACUACUACGAGUACUAAACCGGUUGAAGGAGUAUGGAUUGAAGCUUUCCCUGGAGAAGUGUAAGUUUUUCCAAACUUCAGUCCGAUAUCUUGGACACAUCGUGUCAGAAAAGGGAGUUGAAACCGAUCCGGAAAAGAUUGCCUCCAUCAAAUCCUGGCCAGUUCCCAAAAACUUGAAACAACUACGAUCUUUUCUUGGAUUUGCUGGUUACUAUCGCCGGUUCAUUAAAGACUACGCCAUCAUUGCAAAGCCCCUAAAUGACCUUACCCGUGGGUACACUCCUGUCAGAAGGUCCAAGAUCCAAGGGUCCACCAAGCCACAUUACAGCCCGAGCCAGCCUUUUGGUGGGCGAUGGAACCGGAACUGUCAACAGGCAUUCAACACGCUCAUCGACAAGCUGUCGUCCGCACCGGUUCUCUGUUUCGCUGACCCUUCUCAACCAUACAUAUUGCAUACUGACGCAAGCGCUACUGGAUUGGGUGCCGCAUUGUACCAGGAACAGGACGGGAAGCUCAGAGUCGUUGCAUUUGCCAGCCGUGGUUUAUCCCAGAGUGAGAGCAGAUAUCCCGCCCACAAAUUGGAAUUCCUAGCACUUAAAUGGAGUGUCACUGAAAAGUUUCAGGACUACUUGUAUGGAGCUGAUGUCACCGUAGUGACGGACAGCAACCCGCUGACCUAUAUCCUAACCACUGCUAAGUUGGACGCUACUGGUCACCGUUGGUUGGCUGCCCUCUCCACAUACUCCUUUAAGUUGCUGUAUCGGGCUGGAAAGCACAAUUACGACGCUGAUGCGCUCUCUCGACGACCUCAUUUGACCUCUACAGAAGAGUCACCUGAAGACCACGAGCUCAUUCAUCAGUUUGUGUCACGACAUCUUGCAGACUCUGAUGCCAUUACUCCUGACAUUGUUGACGCAAUCUGCCAGAGUCAGCUGGUUAAAGCUGCUGAGCCGGUUGAUUCUGGUCAGUCUUGCAUAACACUUGUUGAGUCGCUCUCUAUUCAAGCUGCUUCUGUUCCUGAUAGCUAUACCUAUGCAGAUCACUUACCUGUUGUUCCUGCGUUGUCUCACUCCAGCCUGAGAGAGAAACAGAGAGGGGAUCCCAGCAUCCGAGAGCUCAUCCAUCAGAUGGAGACGGGAGAAAAGGUCCCUCCAACAGCCCGAGAAGAGCUGCCGGAACUCCCCCUCCUGAGCCUCCAUGAUGAUAUGGGCCACUUGGGAAUAGAACGCACCCUUGACCUGGUCCGUGGCCGUUUCUACUGGCCUAAAAUGGCUGUCGACGUGGAACAAAAAAUCAAGGCCUGUGGUCGAUGUGUUCGGAGGAAGGCCCUGCCAGAUCACUUUACCAAGUUUGCGGUGGCCAUUCCAACGCCCAACCAAAAAGCAAGAACUGUGGCAAAGAGUCUAUGGGACAGUUUCAUUGUCUAUUACGACAUCCCUGAGCGAAUCCAUACUGACCAGGGGCCGGACUUCGAGUCGAGGCUAAUUAAAGAGUUGUCCAAUACGGAUGAUGAACUGCCCUGUGAUAUAGCUCCUGUGCCUCGACCUCGCACUCGCCUCCAUCCUGAGCCAGACACUCACACAGACUCUCCAGUUAGUGACGACGAGUUUGAGGACACAUCACCUCUCAGCCUCAACUCACCUGCGGUGCGUUUCACGGUGGAGAAGACAUGUCCAGCCCCUGUCGCCUCUUCAAAAAGAGAACCAGGAGAAAUGGCUCCAACCUCACCGUCUACGCUCAACCCGUCAGAGAGCACCACCCAACCGACUGCGGUAUAA